AUGGGGAUGAGGAACAAAUACAGGAAACCAACCUCUUUCCAUUGCAAUGUAGGUAGCAGAUGUUCAAUGUCUGCUGUAGUGUGGAGCUUGGUGGGAUUUCUACUUUUCCUUCACUUGUACACCGUUGUUAACCACAAUGGUGGAAAUGGUAGAGAGAUCCAAUUCCAUUCCAGCCGUCACCCUCUCAUACGUGAACUUGAAGAGGUGAAGGAGGAGCAUAUCCAAAUUCCUCCACCAAGGGGCAAAAGAUCUCCACGUGCUGCAAAACGAAGACCUAAGAGGAUGACCACACUGAUUGAUGACUUUCUUGAUGAGCAUUCUCAACUUAGGCAGAUCUUUUUUCCAGAUAUGAAAAGUGCUAGAGAUCCAACAAAUGAUGCUGGGAACAAUAGCUUCUAUUAUUUUCAUGUAAGAACUUGGUUGGAUACUGAGGGAAAUCCCAUUCAAGCUCAUGGAGGAGGAGUUUUAUAUGAUGAAAUGUCAAAGACCUACUUUUGGGUCUUUUUACGCUCUUUCUUUCAGGUUGACAUCAUUGGAGUCGAUUGCUAUUCCUCCAAAGACCUCUGGACAUGGAAAAAUGAGGGGAUUGUAUUGGCAGCGGAAGAGACAAAUGAAACCCAUGACCUCCACAAAUCUAAUGUUCUCGAGAGGCCAAAAGUGAUUUGCAAUGACAAGACAGGGAACUAUGUAAUGUGGAUGCAUAUUGAUGAUGCCAACUACACCAAAGCUGCUGUUGGUGUUGCAAUUAGUGAUUCCCCAAGUGGUCCUUUUGAUUACCUCUAUCGGAAAAGGCCCCAUGGAUUUGAAAGCAGAGACAUGACAAUCUUCAAAGACGAUGAUGGUGUGGCAUAUCUCAUAUACUCCUCCGAGGACAACAGUGAGCUUCAUGUUGGACCGCUUACAGAAGAUUAUCUUGAUGUCACACAUGUUGUGAGAAGGGUUAUUGUUGGACAACACCGGGAAGCACCUGCAUUAUUUAAGCAUCAGGGAACUUACUACAUGAUCACAUCAGGGUGCACUGGCUGGGCCCCAAAUGAGGCUCUGGCCCAUGCAGCUGAUUCGAUCAUGGGUCCAUGGGAAACUAUGGGAAAUCCAUGCAUUGGAGGCAACAAGAUGUUUCGGCUUACAACAUUUUUUGCGCAAAGCACAUUUGUUGUUCCUUUGACAGGAUUUCCAGGUUCAUUUAUUUUCAUGGCAGAUCGGUGGAAUCCUGCUGACCUGAGGGACUCAAGAUAUGUAUGGCCACCUUUGGUGGUUGGGGGACCUGCUGAUCGACCACUUGAGUUUAAUUUUGGAUACCCAGUGUGGUCAAGAGUAUCAAUUUAUUGGCAUAGAAAGUGGAGGCUUCCUUCUGUGAUGUUUAUAUUAACAUUGAGGAGGGUAGGAUGUUUGUACAAAAAUGGUUAUUCAUGGACAGGAAAUUUUUCUAAUGACCUACUUACAGUUGCACCAAUUGCUGCCUGCCUUUCGUACUUGCAAAUCUCUGUUUGUGGCAAGGCAAUGGUAGCACUUGAAGAGUUAAGGAUUAGAAGGCUUUUGAAGCUAAAGGAGAAUCCUUACCCAUGA